AUGGAUAUAGACCCUAACAUUCACUUACUCCACUUGAGAAACUUUACAUAUUUUUCCUUUUUCUCUGAGUUACGCCACUCUAAUCAUGUUGCCACCACUAUUGUCGAGACCCUGGCUAUCUCCACUGUCUUCCUGGUGUCCGUGGCAGCAAAUGCUGGAGCUGCAACCCUGGUAACCUGGGAACGCAGACUGCUGGCCAACAAGACCAUCCUGACCCUCAACCUGUUUGGGGCAGACCUGCUGUUUGUCAGCAUGAUCCCACUGAUAGCGGCAGUGCGCUGGACCGUGUCCUGGACGCUCGGGUUAGCGGCCUGUCGCAUUAUGCUGUAUGUCAUCUGUAUGAGCGGCUGUGUCACCAUCACUACCCUGGCCUCCAUCAGUUUGGAGAGGGUCCAGGCAAUCCUCCGAAUGCAGACUGUACCCACUCUAAACCCCAGAAUGGUGACUGCCACCCUCAUCUUUAUCUGGGCCUUUUCUGCACUCACUGCUUUACCCCUAAGUCUAUUCUUUACUGUGAUGGAAGUGGAUUUCCCUGAGCAGGGAGGUUUACACAUCUGUACUCUCAAGUGGCCUGACACAACAGGAGAGAUUGUGUGGAAUGUAUGCUUUACCACCCUGUGCUUCCUUCUCCCAGGACUCAUUAUUGUGGUCAGUUACAGUAAAAUAUUACAGAUUGCUAAAAGUUGUAGGCGAAGGCUCCGAACCAGAGACAGUCACCCCCCAGUACGUGACUCUCUUGAAUACCAUGUCUCCCGCCAGGAUAUGAAGCUCUUCCGCACUCUUCUGGUCCUUGUGCUCUCUUUCUUAAUCAUGUGGAGCCCUAUCUUCAUCAACACCGUCCUCAUCCUGGCUAGAAACUUCCUGGGUCACCUGUAUAUCUCCUCUACCAUGUUCUUCUGGGUGGUAACAUUCACACUGGCCAACUCAGCUCUCAAUCCCAUCCUCUACUCAGUCUGCCAGUUCAAGAACGGCUGGUUUAAGCUCUGCUGUGGUUCUGCUGUAGUGCCACUGCGAAAAGGACCUUGCGGCAGUGGUCGAAGGCAAGGGAUGCAUCCACGAUUAUCAUGAUUGUUUCAACAUUUAGUGAAAUCAAACAGAUGCCAUGUGUACAACACACUGCCCACACCUUUGGUGACACUGACAGACCACAUAUUCCUCUCAUGUAAGAUGCACUAUUCUCAUGCUUAGUUGGUGCAUCAAGACUAAAAGGCCUUUCACGGAGCCAGCAGUGUAGAGUUCCACAUUUUUCUUUGUAAUUAUCGGUCAUUUCUUUUCAAUUUACAGAAAUUAAUCUUUCCUUGAAAUGCCAAAUAAUAAAAGUUGUGUGCAGUAUCUGUUGUGGUAAGAGCACAGGUUUUUAUUGUCUGAAAUAAUUCUU